CGUGUGCGGUGGCCAGAAUCGGCGCAGUCCGUUGUCGCCUUCCGUCGUGGCUCAAUGUGUUGUUGUGUACAGUAGAUGUUUGAUUUUAGUGCUUUUGGGUCCUGCCAUCUUACACACUUGCAACUACUAACUAGAAGAGGAAAUUAAAAAAAAAAUCAGGAAAGGGGCACAGGAAACGCAAGAGCAUCAAAGUUACGACCCUUUCCAGUAGUGUUUAGCCCUAAACUAGUUGUGUACAUACUUGACUGCUGAAAAUCCGUCGGUUUUUCUAGUUUUUAUACGUGAAAAAAAAAAAACAGAACUUCUUUGGAGCCAUAUUUUACCGCGACAGUUUAUGCUUUAGUAGUCGCGAGAGCAACGAAAAAGAAAACAGAAACGCAAUUAUCGAUCUCGGUCCCCCGUGUCUCUGACAAUAACUAACCUUAGCUGAGUUGUUUUAGUUGCUGUAACGAAACAUUUUUCGUCAAAGUGUGUUGGAAAAGUGCUUCAAUUUGUAACGACGAAAAAGUGUGUUUGCCUGCAGAGUUAACAACAUCGGAAAUGUUCAGAACAAGUAGACAUUAAACUCACAAAAAAAUCGCGCAAAAGAAUGCUGUAACCCAUGUCAAAUAGAUUGCAAACAAAAUCAACGUUCAGUGCCUGAUCAACCACAUAGAAGAAAAGUGAAAUAUUUACCAAAAAAUCCAACUAUUUGUUUAAAACCAAAAAGGAAUAACAAAAUCCAGUUCAAACUCUCCAGCACUUCAAAUUAGCUAGUGACAUCCAAGCAUUGUCCCGGCGAGGAUAAAUUUAGACCGGUCAAUCUCAAUAAGCAACAGUAGUGCGUCCUCGUGUCCAGCCGCCGCCCCACCUACUGUCGGACGGUCACGACCCGACCCGACGCUGGGAAUGUAAAUCGAGCAUCAAGCCAACAAGUGGGGAGUACGUCCAGAUUGGGUGAGAUAAAGAGCAUCAUCCGCUGUAACAUUUGCAUACCAGGCAGCAGAUUGGAGCUCGGCGGUUCAAUUGAAGGUCCGCGGACACACCCGGGGCUUGGCGAAGCUAGGAGCGAAAGUGGCAUCUAUUUAAGCGAACGACGAGUGUGUACAGUCAUUUUUAUUGAGAAAUCGCAGAAAUAUUUUCUAUAUUUAGAUAUUUUGCAACACACACACAGACAGAAAUCGCACAGAUAACAGAAGAGCAUGACCUUGGUCUAGCGAAGUGAAGUGGAAAUAAAAGUACAAUCCUCGAAUGCUUCAAUGAGUUCAAUUGGGAGUGCGAGAACGGCGACGCCAUCGCCAGCGACGACGCCAACGACGACGACGGGGACGCUUCAGGAAAACGUGGCCAGCAGCAUCACGGAGAAGCAUCAGCAGCAGACGAGGAUCAGUGGAGGCAGAGAGAAGUGCAGACAAUAGUGGUGCUCCUUCAGCUGUUGUUGUUGUAAGGGUGGUGGCCACACCGAGGCAACAUGGAGUGCAAUCUGCAACGUCAACCGUCCAGGGAGGGGGAGGUCAAGGAAAGGGUGGAGGGUGUGGAGCAGCGGAAAGCAAUGCCGAUCCGCCGGAAAAGUGUAUGUGAUGACGAAAUCUGUGAUAGAACCAACGUUGUUACCAGAGAGGAAGGCCUAGCAAAGGAUGUUGUUACGAUUGGUGGUGGUGGUGGUCGAGAAGCACUGGCAUCGACGUCGUCGAUCAACGGCGACUCGCCGAUCGUCGAUCCGGACGAAGUCAGCAAUUAUCUAAGCAUAAAUAAUAGCCGUAGCAGUAGCUGUUGUGAUAUUCCUGAGGAAACCUCGCCAAUGAUUAGUAAUAGUAGCUUAUGUAGAAACGACUGUGGCGUCGACCUGGACGACCUGGAAACCGGGUUUUACCGACGGACUGAGCAGUUGCGGCAGCAAGCCCGGCGGCACCGGGCCGAUUCGUCCGACUGUUGUGAAAUCGAGGUUGACACCGGCGCCGAGGAGGACGAGGAAGAGGACGACUCGAUGCUGACAUCGACCAACUCGGCAGCCACGACGGCCACGGUGACCUCGUCCAAGUCGCAAUUGAACGUGGUUUCGGGGGCCGGGUGCCCCGAUACUAGUGUUAAUAUUGUUGACAACCCUGUUAGUGAUAGCAACGAGCAUAAUAGUGUUAAUAGUGGUGCCCACCAGCACUGUACCGAAACUGGUGCUGCUUCUGGCGGAGACCACCCAGGGGGGAGUGGGGGGCCACCGCCGCAGCACAGCAAAAUUACAACGACGCCUUCGAACCUAAGCAAUUGCAGCGGACUACCGACCGCAACGGUGGUGCAGCUGAAGCAGAAGCAGAACCUGCUCUACUAUCUACGGGUCAUCUUCAAUCAUUGCAAGAGCUCCGGCAUCGGUGAGCCUAGCGUGUAUCAUGCCUUAGUUGUGAUAUUUUUGGAGUUUUUCGCGUGGGGUCUGCUCACGAUGCCCGUGAUAAACGUGCUCAAUCAGACCUUCCCCGAUCACACAUUCCUGAUGAACGGCCUGGUGAUGGGCAUCAAGGGCAUCCUCUCAUUUCUGAGCGCCCCGCUCAUCGGUGCACUGUCCGAUGUGUGGGGUCGAAAGUUCUUCCUGCUGAUAACAGUGUUUUUCACCUGCGCCCCCAUCCCGCUGAUGUCAAUCAACUCGUGGUGGUUCUUUGCAAUGAUCUCAAUUAGCGGCGUGUUCGCUGUUACGUUUUCGGUCGUGUUUGCGUACGUGGCCGACGUGACGACCGUCGAGGACCGAUCCCGGGCGUACGGGCUCGUAUCGGCCACCUUUGCUGCCAGCUUGGUUAUUUCACCUGCAUUGGGCGCUUACCUGAAUGACAAAUAUUCGGAACCUCUUAUCGUAGCUUUAGCGACAGCGAUCGCAGUUCUAGAUGUAUUUUUUAUACUAGUAGCAGUGCCGGAAAGUUUACCGGAAAAGGUUCGGCCCAGCUCGUGGGGAGCACCGAUCAGCUGGGAGCAGGCGGAUCCGUUCGCGGCAUUACGGAAGGUUGGCCUGGACCACACCAUCCUAAUGCAGUGCGUCACAGUAUUACUAUCAUACUUGCCAGAGGCUGGACAGUAUUCGUGCAUCUUUGUCUACCUGAAGCUCAAGAUGCACUUCAGCUCGAUAGACGUGUCUAUCUUUAUCGCUGUCGUCGGUAUACUAAGCAUACUUGCGCAGGUCAUUCUGGGUGAUCUAAUGAAGGCACUUGGUGCUAAGCGUACUAUAAUAAUAGGAUUAUUGUUUGAAAUGUUACAACUUCUGUGGUACGGAUUUGGCAGCCAGAUGUGGAUGAUGUGGGCUGCCGGAAUCCUAGCGUCGCUUGCGUCAAUUACUUAUCCAGCAAUCAGUGCAUUCGUAUCGAUACAUUCGAACCCGGACCAGCAGGGAGUUGUCCAGGGCAUGGUGACGGGCAUGCGAGGCCUGUGCAACGGCCUUGGUCCGGCCAUGUUUGGCGUCAUUUUCUACGUGUUCCACGUGGACCUGAAUGACGAACACAACGGCGGCAGCGGCAGCUUGGGACACUCGGCCGUCGGCAGUGGCGUAGGCGCCCUGGACGCCAAGUUUGUGCGGAACGAAACACUGCACGGCGGGUUGGGCGCCGGCCAUCACAUCAUCGAGGACGAGUACUCCCAGUUUAUGCCGGGACCGCCGUUCGUCUUUGGCGCGCUGAUGGUAAUCUGUGCCAUUGCCGUGGCCGCGUUCAUUCCGGAAGCGCCCAGCGAUACCAUCCGGAGGCCAUCGGGUGAGAAAAAAAAAUCGGACUAUAGGAACCACAUAACUUUAACGUGUUAAUUGGCGAUUGAUCAUUUGCAACUGGUUAUCCGUGGACGUGGAUUACGAGUACGAACGGGGCCGCAAAGUCGCUGGCCCGCUGUCACCUCUCAUGCACCAAGAUUCUGCUCAGCUAUAGUUUUUCCUGUAAGCCGACCAGCCGCCAUUGAGUAAGAUUAAGCGCAGAGGUGUGCGUCUAGGUGCUGCCACACAACACACAACAGCCCCGUAGAGGACAAUUUAUUUUUGUAAUCUUAAGCUAGACAUCUCAGAAUAAUCAUCCAGUAGGAUGGAAGUAAAUCAUUCACCUGGUUAUUUGAGAUAAAACAUUUAAUUUUAUUACAAAACACAAACACAUCUGACUCGUUUUUCCUUCUUUCCAUUCGUAUCGCCGCUACUAUUUCGAAGCGGUUGUUUGUAAUGAAAAAAAAAAACACAUUAAAAUUAAGACAACACACCUAGGUUGGUUAGCAUUUUAAAUGUUUGCGAUCAACGGUUACAGCGAUUACAAUAAUUGGCAUUUAAGAAAAUAAUCAAAACAAAACUGGAGCCACUUGGCUGGUUUUAUUUUUGGGGAGUGAGAAAACCAUAAUGGACAAUGCCAUUUAUCUAGUCAGCAAUUAAUUUCUUGCGUUGAUGCGACGAUAGGUUCUUGGUAUUUAGCAAAAAUUCGGUCUAAAUUGACAAUUUCUACAAAGUAUACUUAACAUAUAUUCGGUAGCAUACAUCGGAAAUUCAACAACUUGGAUGGUUUUGAGCGAAUGGAACGUGGAUCAGAAAAAAAACGAAAUGACUUGUUACUACCUAUAAUCAAAGAGUGAUAAUAGCAUCGUAAGGACUUUUGUAGGCAAACAAGAAUUGGUAACAACAAUUGUGGAGGAGGAGUAAAAUCUGUUGAUGAACGUGAAAUUAGCGAUUGUAAAACAUUUCAGCUGUUAACAUCACAUUUGGGUAAACUUAAAACCCAUUUUUAUAAUUGUUAUAAUUUUAUGGUUUUUGAGCAUGUUUUGCAUUUGAAAUUUGUCCUGAAAAAAAUAUAAUUCAACGAAUAUUUGCCCUAGUUUAUUUGUUUUCUCUUCGCUAAAAUCACAGACACGAAGGCAAAAGAAAAGUUAGUCCAAAGAUUACAUAGUUACAUAGAGAAAAUACUAAUAUGCUAAAUAGAUUAGUGUAUAAACAGCUAAGCAACCUAAUCCUCUAUCUGUAUAGUGAGAUCGGCGAGGACACGAGAAGCAAAACAAAUCAAGACCUUCAACCAGCAAGCAUAACAAAACAAAUUUAAAAUAAUGUUGAUACAUUCUGUUACCGCGGCCAUUUGUAUUGAAAACAUUAAAAAACGCACGAUACAAGUGGACACACACACACCUCGUCAAAGCAGGAUAAACAAUCAGACUAUGUUACUUACCCCUAGUUGAGGUUGCAAAAAAACAAACAAAACAAAACAAAUAACAACACGAUUGUAAUACAAAACUUAUUUUAGUAAAGACAACUUUUUAUGAAAGCUUUGUUAAAUACACUGGGUGGAGCAAAAUGGUAGAACAAUAACAACAACAACUAAUAAAAAACAA